AUGCACCUUAAACUUUUAUUCUAUCUUGUCAUUGUUUAUCAAUUGUCGACCGUAUUCUCAACUAACUUUGGUCGAUAUGAUUUAUUGGCACAUGAAAAUGAUGAUGGUAUAACACGAUUCUUUGCUGUUGGUGAUUGGGGCGGUUUACCAUUUUUACCAUAUGAAACUCCAUCUGAAGUUGUUGUCGCUGAAGCGAUGGGUAAAUUGGGUAAAAAAUUAAAUACAAGUUUUCAAUUGGCAUUAGGAGAUAAUUUUUAUUUUGAUGGUGUUCAAUCAGCCAAAGAUCCUAGAUUUCAACAUACAUUUGAACAUGUAUUCUCAGCAACAUCAUUACAAACACCAUGGUAUGUUAUAGCUGGUAAUCAUGAUCAUUUAGGUAAUGUUUCAGCACAAAUAGAAUAUGGUAAAACAUCAAAACGAUGGAUAUUUCCUGAUUAUUUCUAUUCAUUCUCUUUAUGGCAAAGUGAUAAACAAAAGAAAUUAAUUGAUUUCGUCAUGAUUGAUACUGUUAUACUUUGUGGUGGUGGAAAUUUAUCAGAUUGGGAGCAUACUCCAUUAGAAGGUCCAAACAAUCAAUAUGUUGCCGAAGCUUAUUGGCAAUGGAUUGAAGAACAACUUCGUCAAUCGACUGCUCCAUAUUUAAUUGUCAGUGGUCAUUUUCCAAUAUAUUCAAUUGCAGAACAUGGUCCAACGCAAUGUCUUGUUGAUCGCCUUCGACCAUUACUUCAUCAAUAUCAAGCAACAACUUAUCUUUGUGGACAUGAUCAUAAUCUUCAACAUUUAGUUGAUGAUAUGAAUGGAUCACAUUUGGAUUAUUUUGUUGUUGGUGCUGCAAAUUUCAUAGAAAAUAGUCAUAGUCAUCAACAUGAUGUGCCACCAAAUUCACUUAAAUAUUUUUGGGCUGGUUCAAUUGUAUUUGGUGGUUUUGGCUUAAUUGAAGUUGAUAAUACACAAAUGAACUUUUCAUUUAUUGAUCGUUCUGAAAAAACAUUAUAUCAAACAACCAUGAAACCACGUUUUUAA